AUGGCGCCUCCCCGGAAGCCGCAUCCUCCUGCGGCCAGCCAGGCCCGAACUGCCCGGCGCCCUUCAAAGUCUAAAGCCCCGCAAUCUACCGAGCCUCCGAAAAGGAAGCGGUCAUCCGUAACUGGGCCCUCCGAACGCCCCGAAGCUCAAGAGCAGACUGAUCAGAAUGCGUCGAAAUACCGAGCUCGAGAUCCCUUUGAUGCGCUCUUGGAACCCUUCUACUACAGCAAGUCCCUCACCGACCCCAUCGACACAGCGAAAGACAAGUGGAACCUACUACCGGCUUUUCUGAAAGUGAAAGGGCUGGUGAAGCAGCAUAUUGACUCAUACAACUACUUCGUCGAAGUGCAGCUGAAGAAGAUCGUCGAAUCCGCCGGGGUCAUUCGCAGCGACAUCGACCAUACAUUCUACAUCGAGUUCACAAACAUCUAUGUGGGCUCCCCAUGCCGUACCGACGAGUCGCAGGAUAAUAGCGGCAAUUUCGAAUCCGAUGUGACUCCACAGGAAUGCCGACUUCGUGAUACAACCUACGCCGCUCCUAUUUUGGUUGAUUUCGAGUAUAUUAGAGGGCGGCAGCGCAUCAUUAGGCGGGGCGUUGCGAUCGGCCGGAUGCCGAUCAUGUUACGAAGCUCGAAAUGUGUGUUGGCAAACAAAACCCCGGCUCAAAUGACUGUCCUGAAUGAGUGUCCCCUGGACCCGGGUGGCUAUUUUAUUGUCAAUGGAACGGAAAAGGUCAUUCUAGUCCAAGAGCAAUUGAGCAAGAAUCGUAUCAUCGUCGAGACAGACCCGAAGAAGGACAUUGUUCAGGCUUCGGUCACUAGUUCCUCCAACGAAAGAAAAUCGAAGAGUUAUAUUGUCCUGAAGAAGGAUCGGCUCUAUGUGAAGCAUAAUAUUCUCAGCGAAGACCUUCCAAUCGUCGUAAUGCUGAAGGCCAUGGGGAUUCAAACUGACAAAGAGAUGCUGCAACUGGUCGCGGGCGAUGAUCAGUUGUAUCAAGAUGACUUUGAGAUCAAUUUCGAAGAAGCGUUCAAUCUGGGGAUUUCGACACAGCAACAAGCCCUGGAAUGGCUGGGUUCUCGAAUCAAGAUCAAUCGGAAGAUGGGAGCUUAUCGCAGGACCCAUGUGCAAGAAGCUAUUGAAGCAAUCGGAUCCGUCAUCAUUUCUCAUAUCGAGGUGAAAGACAUGAACUUUCGACCCAAAGCCAUCUACGUGGCGAACAUGGCCCGCCGGGUUUUGAUGGCGAAAAAUGACCCUUCGAUGGUGGAUGACCGCGACUACCUGGGAAACAAGCGUCUGGAGCUGGCCGGCCAAAUGCUUGCCCUGUUGUUUGAAGACCUGUUCAAGAAGUUCUGCUUCGACAUCAAGAUGAAUAUUGAUAAGGUCUUGAACAAGCGCAAUAGAGCAGAACAGUUUGAUGCAUGGGGUGUCGUGAGUAUGCACGGCAAUCAUAUCACCCAGGGUAUGAAUCGGGCCAUAUCUACCGGCAAUUGGAGUCUGAAGCGAUUCCGCAUGGAACGUGCUGGUGUGACCCAUGUUCUGAGUCGACUGAGCUACAUCGCAGCCUUGGGUAUGAUGACUCGUAUCAGCAGUCAGUUCGAAAAGACUCGAAAAGUCAGUGGUCCUCGCGCGUUGCAGCCUUCGCAGUUCGGUAUGCUUUGUCCUGCCGAUACUCCUGAAGGUGAAGCGUGUGGUCUCGUCAAGAACUUGGCAUUGAUGACACACAUCACAACGAACGACGAAGAAGGCCCCGUCCGGAAUCUGAUAUUCAUGCUGGGAGCAGAAGAUAUUUCCACUGUCAGUGGAAUAGAGCUCUAUGCGAAAGGAACCUAUGCUAUCUCGAUCAACGGUACACCGACCGCGUUGACCCGGCGCCCCAAAUACUUCCUUGACUCCUUCCGUCGAUUGCGGAGAAUGGGCCGCAUCUCGGAAUUCAUCAGCAUUUACAUCAAUCACCAUCAACGGGCCGUGCAUGUCGCAACUGAUGAUGGCCGCAUCUGUAGGCCGUUAAUCAUUGUAGAGAAUGGCAAAUCACGGGUCCGCCGAUAUCACCUGAGAAAGCUUAGAGAUGGCACUAUGUCUUUUGACGAUUUCCUCGCCCAGGGUUUGGUCGAGUAUCUGGACGUGAACGAGGAGAAUGACUCCUAUAUCUCCAUCUACGAGAAGGAUAUCAAUGAAGCUACGACCCAUCUGGAAAUUGAACCCUUCACUGUGCUUGGGGCUGUUGCAGGACUUAUCCCGUACCCGCACCACAACCAGUCCCCCCGAAAUACAUAUCAGUGUGCGAUGGGUAAACAAGCCAUUGGCGCGAUCUCGUCCAACCAGUUCCAGCGUAUCGAUUCGAUUCUCUACCUUAUGGUAUACCCCCAGAAGCCAAUGGUCAAGUCGCGAACUAUCGAGCUUGUCAAGUAUGACCAACUCCCCGCUGGACAAAACGCAACUGUCGCUGUCAUGAGUUACUCGGGCUACGAUAUUGAGGAUGCUUUGGUUUUGAACAAGGGCUCCGUCGAUCGUGGAUUUGGUCGCUGUCAGGUCUUCCGCAAAUAUGUCACAAAUCUCAAGAGCUAUCCCAACGGAACAAAAGAUUCACUCCGCGCCCCCGAAUAUUCCGAUGGUGUUCCAAUUCGCAAGCACGCUCUUCUGGACUACGAUGGUCUAGCUUCCGUGGGUGAGCAGGUCAACGCCGGAGAGGUGUACAUUAAUAAAGCCACCCCUGACCAAGCACAUACGUCCGGUAUUGUCGGGACAGAACAAAACACCAAUUCUUUCCUGCCAGCCCCCAUGACCUAUAAGCUACCCGAUCCAGCCUAUAUUGACAAGGUUAUGGUCUCAGCUACAGAGGGUGAAACGCAGCUCCUCAAGGUGUUGACUCGACAGACACGUCGUCCAGAGGUUGGCGACAAGUUUUCCUCUCGCCACGGACAGAAGGGUGUGGUGGGCAUUAUCGCUGAUCAAGCCGAUAUGCCCUUCACAGACCAAGGUAUCAACCCUGACAUCAUCAUGAACCCUCACGGUUUCCCAUCCCGAAUGACGGUCGGCAAAAUGCUUGAGCUCGUCGCCGGCAAGGCCGGUGUGCUUUCUGGACAACACGGGUAUGGUACUUGCUUCGGCGGUAGCCCCGUCGAGGAGAUGUCGCAAAUCCUUAUCGACCACGGCUUUAGUUAUGGUGGCAAGGAUUUCCUCACGUCUGGGAUUACCGGUGAACCGCUGCCGUUCUAUGUCUUCACGGGCCCCAUCUACUAUCAGAAACUCAAGCACAUGGUCCAAGACAAGAUGCACUCUCGAGCACGUGGUCCGAAAGCUACGCUGACUCGUCAACCUACCGAGGGUCGUUCGCGUGACGGUGGUCUCCGUCUAGGUGAAAUGGAGCGAGAUUGCUUGAUUGCCUACGGAACUAGCCAGCUGUUACUCGAACGUUUGAUGAUCUCAUCCGAUCGGCACGAGGUUGAUAUUUGUGAAAAAUGCGGCUUCAUGGGAUUCUUGAACUGGUGCCCUGGCUGCAAAUCUACUCGCUCCGUCGUGAAGAUGGUCAUUCCUUAUGCGGCCAAGCUUCUCAUUCAGGAACUGAUGAGUAUGAAUGUUGCCGCUCGUCUGAAAUUGGAAGACGAGUUCCCAGAAUCCCGAGGCAAAUAA